AUGAAGCUUUGCAGCUUCAGGGCCUUGCGUGUGGGUGCGCUGCCCGGCUCUCCCUUUGGCUACGAGGUGCUCAUAAGGCCUGCUGAGGUAGCACCCAUUCGCGGAGCAGCAAUGGCGGCAGCGAUGGCUGCAGCGGGAGAUCCUGCAGAGGCAGCAGAGGCUGCAGCUGCGGCAGCAGAGGAGGGCCGUGCGCUCUUCGUGUGCAACGCCCCCCUCCAGCAGCGGGAGCAGCAGCAGUUGAAGCAGCAGUUUGCAGCAUUUGGUCCAGUUGAGGCCGUCUACGAGAAACUAACGGCAACCUCCAAGUCCUCUGGCAAAGCGGUGUCGUGCGUCCGUUUGUUGCACAUCGUGUUCGAAGAGGCAGCAGCUGUGGACAGGGCUUUGGCGGCUGCGGUGCCUCUGGAUCGGCGGCCUUGUUCAACCCCCACUGAGGGGGAGGUUGACGCCUUCAUGCGCAAUUACGACCUGGAAAAGGACUUGAAGAAGCAGCAGCGGAAGGUGGCGGUUGUGGAUGAAGACGGCUUUAUUCUCGUGCAGGGCCCUAAAAACAGUUUGGGGAGUGGAGAGAACAUCAAAGGCUUUCGCGCUGCCGAGUCUUCGAGCCUUUUGGCAGGGGGGACCUCCAGCGUCUUCAGAGCGCAGGCGGCGGGGGCAUCGGCAGGCGCUGUAGGGGGCCCCCACCUGGGCCCCGCUGCGGCUGCUGCUUUGGGGGCCUCCACUGCGGCGGCAAACAAAAAGCGGAAGCGCCAGGAGAGACAGGCUGACUUCUAUGCCUUUCAAGAACGAGAAGCGCGCAGAAGAA